AAUGUAAAAAACUAAAAACAUAGAAUAAGGAAACGGAGCUUCAUCUGAAUCACAAAGAGGGGGAAGAAAAGCAAUAUCCAAUUGCCAAGAAAGAAAGAAAAUAUAAUAAUUAUAAAAAAUGGGUGAAGAACGUAAAGCAACGUCGUCAUCAGUUCCAGACACUGAAUUCUUUGGCCUUCUAUCUAAUCUCCUACAACAGGUGGAAUCAUUGACAAAUCAGGAAGAAGUUGAGUUACGUGCCAAAAUCGAAGCUCUUGGGUUAGAAGUUACCAAAGUUCCUUCAAAGUCUACACAGAUUCCUGAUGAGCUUGAACUAGCAUCAGAGUUGGAUAGAUUAUCUGCAAAGCUUGACAAUGUUGAUGAGAUGAUAUCUUCAGCCAUGGCUUCUGAUCCCCAAGUGAAGUCACUGUUGAGUAAUACUGCUGAUGUAUGGAUGCCGGUUAUCACUGCAACUUCUGAUCAAAGACGAAGUAUUGCAGCAUCGAUUGACGCUGAUGAUAAAGUGGCAGAACAGUCGUCCAAGUAGUAUACUAAUACGUGUCAGGUUUAUGUUCUAUUUGCCUUUGGUUUAAGUAAUAAAUUCAUUUGGCUAAAAGUUUUAUACUUAUUCAAUUGAACAAUGGGAAAAUAAGUCUCCUUAUAUCAUGUUCGACUAUGCAUCCGAGAUUUAAUGGGUGUCCUUAGAUUUGUAACUUAAUUUGGUUUCUUGUGUUCAUUUAAUUGCAAGGAUCUGUGUUCUUCCAGUGUUGUGGUAACUAUGAGAUGCCCAUGGUGUAUAUAACAAAGUAUGAAGUGUAUGGUGAUUGAUUUUUUUACAUGAA